AUGGGUCUCGGACGAUUUAUUCACCACAUUGGUGCCUUCUUUCUUUUGGCAGCGACAGUGAUGCUCGUGGUUGUGAGCAUCUCAGCCCCAGUCGUUAACGACAUCGCCCUCCUUAAAGUCGAGAGCGGCAGCUCCCGAGUUAACUUUGGUACCUUCGGAUACUGCUUAACACGAAGCAAUGGCGGUGACAGCUGCACAAAGGCUCGCAUUGGUUACGACCCUUCCGAUGCCGUCCCCGGAACCAACUUCUCCGAAGCUGGCUCAGGCGCUGCAAAGGCCUUGACCUAUGUUAUGGUGCUGCACCCUGUCGGUGCCGGACUCUGCUUCAUUGCUUUCCUUCUGGCUCUCGGCGCUGGUGUGGUUGGCUCUCUCAUGUCCACGCUCGUCUCUCUCCUCGCCUUCUUUGUUACCAUCAUUGUUCUGGCUUGUGACUUUGCCGGCUUGUCCAUUGUCCGACGACGAAUCAACCGCGACACUUCUGCCAGUGCCAGCUGGUCCGUCGGCAUCUGGCUCGUCCUCGUCGCCGCUAUCCUUUCUCUCAUCGGUACUAUUGCCGUCUUUGUCUCAUGCUGCUCUGGUCGCCGCCGUCGCAACCGUGAGAGCAAGAAGAUGGCCGCCUACAAUACCUCUCCUACCCGCUACUAA